AUGGCGUUAGCUUUCGAUGAGUUCGGUCGGCCGUUUAUAAUCAUACGCGAGCAGGAGACCAAGUCGCGCGUGAAGGGUCUCGCGGCGCAAAAGGGUAACAUCCUCGCCGCCAAAUCUGUCGCGAAGAUUCUCCGCAGCUCGCUCGGGCCCAAGGGAAUGGAUAAGAUGCUUCAGAGCGGCGAUGGCGACGUCACUAUAACGAACGACGGCGCGACGAUUCUGGAGCAGAUGGAGGUGGAGAACCGCGUGGGGCGGCUGAUGGUGGAUCUGUCCAAGAGCCAGGACUUCGAGAUCGGCGACGGCACCACCGGCGUCGUCGUCACUGCCGGCGCGCUGCUCGAGCAGGCGGAAGCUCUUCUCGACCGCGGCAUCCACCCCAUCCGCGUGGCGGAGGGCUACGAGAUGGCGUCCAAGAUCGCGGCGGCGCAUCUGGAUGCGAUCGCGGAGACGUUCGAAUUCUCCAAGGAUAACUUCGAGCCGCUUGUGGAGACGUGCAUGACCACUCUCUCCUCUAAGAUCGUUGGGCGCUGCAAGAGGCAGAUGGCAGAGAUCGCAGUGCAGGCUGUGCUGGCAGUAGCAGACUUGGAACGCCGUGACGUGAAUCUGGAGCUGAUCAAAGUGGAGGGCAAGACGGGGGGGCGGCUGGAGGAGACGGAGCUCGUCCGAGGGAUUAUCGUGGACAAGGACUUCAGCCACCCUCAGAUGCCCAAGCGGAUUGAGGACGCCAAGAUUGCGAUUCUGACGUGCCCGUUUGAGCCGCCCAAGCCCAAGACGAAGCAUAAGGUUGACAUUGACACGGUGGAGAAGUAUGAGCGGCUGCAGGAGUCGGAGCGGAAAUACUUCGACGAUAUGGUGCAGCAGUGCAAGAACGCGGGUGCCACACUCGUGAUCUGCCAGUGGGGCUUCGACGACGAGGCCAACCAUCUGCUCAUGCACCGCGGUCUCCCUGCCGUGCGCUGGGUGGGGGGCGUGGAGCUCGAGCUCAUCGCUAUCGCCACUGGUGGUCGCAUCGUGCCUCGCUUCCAGGAGCUCACACCCGAGAAGCUGGGCAAGGCUGGAGUGGUGCGGGAGAAGGCAUUCGGAACGACCAAGGAUCGCAUGCUCUACAUUGAGGGGUGUGCCAACUCACGCGCUGUCACUAUUUUCAUCCGCGGAGGCAGCAAGAUGAUGGUGGAGGAGACCAAGCGCAGCCUGCACGACGCCCUGUGUGUGGCGCGCAAUCUCAUCCGAGACAACCACAUCGUGUACGGGGGAGGCUCCGCGGAGCUCACGUGCUCGCUGGCGGUCGAAGCAGCAGCCGACAAGGUUCCCGGGGUGGAGCAGUACGCCAUGAGGGCGUUCGCAGAGGCACUAGAGGCGGUGCCGAUGGCUUUGGCUGAGAACAGUGGCCUGCCACCCAUUGAUACGGUGUCCAGCAUCAAGGCUCAGCAAGUGAAGGAGAACUGCCCGUACCUGGGAGUGGAUUGCAUGGAUGCGGGCACAAACGACAUGCGCAAGCAGAAGGUGUUUGAGACAUUGAUCGGCAAGAAGCAACAGCUGUUGCUGGCCACACAGGUUGUGAAGAUGAUUCUGAAGAUAGACGAUGUCAUCUCACCAUCCCAAUACGAGUGA